CUCUCUCUGCUCUCUUGAUCUCCUCGACAACGAAGCAGCACUCAAAUGGCCUCAUCAUCUUCCUCCUCCUCCGCUCCCAAGAGAUCUUACGCUACGAAAGGACCGAUCCGAAACCAACAGCGAUACGUUCCCAAAACCCCCACCGCCACGGCCGCUACGAGCAGCAGCAACAACAGUGCCCCCGGCGCCAGCACCAAACCUACCCCUUCCCUUACGACUUCUCUAAGAGGGGAAUCAUCGCCACCUUCUUCUUCGUCUUCGAAGGAGAGGAGACCCCUCAGUGGCAGUUUCGUGAAUUACUUGCCUCAAGAUGAGGCCGUGGCCUCGGGCCUCGGCGCCGACGCCGGGGGCUUGGACGCGAUUGAAUCGCAGCGAGUUGUUGAUAUGUUGAAUGAGCAGCUGUCCAAGUUGUUGAAGAUGAGCCCUAGGGAUUUCUGGAGAGAAGUGGCCAAGAAUGAAUCAUUGCACGAGUUUCUCGACAGCUAUCUACAGUAUAGACAUAGGUGGUAUGAUUUUCCUCACCGUGGGGCGAAGGGAAUUGUUGCUGGAGUUAUUGUGGGAGAGGCUGAGCUCUGCCGCAGGGUCUUUAUGAUCCUCUAUCGCAUGUCUUCAAACAGAGACCCUGGUGCAAAUGCCAGUGACUGCCUCAGCUUGAGAGAACACACAGCUUUGUUGCAGGAAAGGAAGUUGUUGGACCUUCCAAAAUUGCUGGAUAUAUGUGCCAUAUAUGGCCACGACAAUGGGGAGCUUGCUAAGUCAUUGGUUACAAAUGCUGUAAAAGCACAGCCAAAGCUCCAAGACAACAUAAGUGCAGUGACAUCACAUUUUCUGGGUAUAGUUAAGACAAUGCAUCAACGCUGUAGUUCAUCAUUGGAGGUGUUACUGGCUUCUGGAGGCAAUGGAGGUCAUGUUUAUGAGCAACUCUAUAAAGAUUUUUUGGAGGUAAUGGACUUUAUAAACGAUGCUGUUGUGACAUUAGAUGCAUUUGUUGAUGCUUUCAGACCUGCAGCUUUCUACUUCUCUAUUUCGGUUGAUAUGAGUUACGGGACUGAAGAAUUAUUGAGCACCCUUGCAAAAUUGCAUGAUGCUUUGUUACCAUCUUUACAACAAGGCUUGACUAUUGUUUCUAAGAGCAGAAGUGAUGCAUCAAAAAGUGAACCUGGUGGUGACCUUCAUAAUGUCUUCCUUAGUUUAAAAAUGUUAUCAACGAGAGUUGUCAGCCUAGGAUGGAAAUUAGUGGACUGCUGCUACAUAUGCAAUGAACCUAUUGACGAAAGUCUCCUACAAACUACAACAAAAAUGUUUCCCGCUAAAGUCGAAGAUCCUUCUAUACGUGGAGACAUAAUCAUUCAAACACUCAAAGAGAUUAAUGGAGAAGCUCUUUAUCAUUUCCGGGAGAAUACUGGCAGCGGAACCUUUCUUCAGAACAUUGAAAAGAAUCACAAGAUAUUGAGUCAAAUUGGCAAUCUUCGCAGUUCUGGAUGGGUUUUCAUGGAUGAGGAUCAGUUUCAAUACUUGGCGCAAAUUGCAACACCACCGUCUUUGAAGAGGUGGGAACAGGUGCCCAGGGCACCAAUCUCAUCACAAAUUGACAAGGUACAAAUGGAUGAGGAUGCUAUAAUUUUGGAGUCCAAGAUUAGCCAGAUAAAAGACCUGUUCCCUGAAUAUGGGAAAGGUUUUCUUUCAGCCUGUCUUGAUGUCUAUAACCAUAAUCCUGAAGAAGUGAUUCAAAGGAUUUUAGAGGGAACUCUCCAUGAAGAUCUUUUAUCUCUAGAUACUUUGCUGGAGCAGAUUACGCCACCAAAGUCAUCAUCUCAUAAUAGGAAUGACAAGGGGAAGGCGGUGUUAGCAAUGGAACCUGCAUCUAAAAGUACUACUGCAUUGCCAGGCAAAAAUGAUCUUGUGGUUAGUGGGAAGGACACAAAGGGCCCUCAAUCUUUGUCAUCUAAAUUUGGCCGAUUCCAAAGGAAAACCAAUGAAGACUCGUCAAACUCAGAAGUACUCGACUCAAAAUCUGCCAAAGAUGCAGUUCGCACAGCUGUUCUAGCUGCAGAACUAGAGUAUGAAGAUGAGUAUGAUGAUUCAUUUGACGAUUUGGGUCUAAGCGUCGUUGAAUCAGGUUAUGAGGAAACUGAGAACUUGAGCGAUAGCAUCACAAGACCUGGGAAGUCAUGGGGUUCAGAGAAUGAGAUCUCCUAUCAGAGUUCUAAACCCAGAUGGAGUUCGCAGAAGAAACCUCAGUUCUAUGUCAAAGAUGGUAAAAACUACAGCUACAAGGUGUCUGGUUCUGUUGGGGUGUCUAGUGCACAAGAAGCAGCUGUAGUUAAUCAAGCACAGAAAGAAACUAUACAUGGUCUUGGUCGUGGGGGCAAUAUACCGCUUGGGGCUGUAAAUAAAAUGAUGGAUAAUCAAGAGGAACCAGAUGAUGAGUCUUCUAAUGCUGCUGAAAAUAUUGGUAGAGGGAACUCCAAUCAUCGAGGUAGAGGCGGAGGAAGAAGAGGUGGUGGUGGUGGACGAAAUAAUUAUAGGAAGGAUAGAGCUAUGAAGAAACACUUCUCAGGAUUGGGUGGUUACUGAAUGAAUAUACAAAACCGUGUUUUACAAAAAAUGUAAAUGACUAUAUGAGAGCUGGCUGUGUCUCAGGAUGGGUGUUUAGUCACUAUACUUGGUGAAGUAUUUUUGUGUGUACAUGGAUCAUGUAUGCGAGUGUCACUUUUACAUGAGAAAUUCUUGAGAAAUUUUUAUUUUUUUGUUUUUUGUUUUCAUAAACUUGAUAUGUUUCCUAUCACCCAGUUAUCAGGCGAGUCAAAUAUGCCAGCUUUGUUA